AUGACAUCACAUGUCGGAGGUGACUCCGAAAUCAAUGGUCUCCGCUGCUCCUCGGUAACGGCGGCUGUUGCGUGGAGUACCUGGUUUAUCCCUAAAUCGAAGACCCCUCAAAGGGGCGUGGACAGAGCCACAGCUCCUACCAAUCAGCUCUCUGCGGACAGUAAGGUGCCGCCUCCGAGGUGACGUAAUUCCGGGAAGUGGAGCUGUUGGAGAAGCGGCACCAUGUCUGUAAUUGAAAUGUUCGUGGAGCUGCAGAGCGGGCUGAGUGCUGACCAGGACAUCCGGGAGGAAAUAAGGAAAGUGGUUCAGACUCUGGAGCAGACUGCCCGCGAGAUUCUCAUACUUCUGCAAGGAGUGCACCAAGAAGCCGGCUUUAAUGACAUCCCAGCAAAGUGUUUGAAGGCUCGGGAGCACUUCGGCACUGUCAGAACCCACCUUGCCACCUUAAAGACAAAAUUUCCAUCUGACCAGUACUACAGGUUUCAUGACCAGUGGAGAUUCGUGCUGCAGCGUCUUGUGUUUCUGGCUGCGUUUCUGGUGUAUCUGGAAAAUGAGACGCUAGUAACUCGUCAAGCCGCCGCACAGAUAUUGGGAAUUGAGUCGGAGCGAGAGAAAGGGUUUCAUCUCGAUAUCGAGGAUUAUCUGUCUGGAGUGCUCAGCCUCGCCAGUGAGCUUUCCAGGUUAGCUGUGAAUAGCGUGACUGCCAGAGAUUACGCCCGGCCCCUUCACAUCGCCGCCUUCAUCAACGAGCUGGAUUUUGGCUUUCGACUGCUCAACCUGAAAAACGACUCCCUGCGCAAACGCUACGACGGCCUGAAAUACGACGUGAAGAAGAUCGAGGAAGUCGUGUAUGAUUUGUCCAUCCGUGGACUCAGCAAAGAUCUCACCACCACCAGCAUGGACAAGCAGUGACUGCUUGUGUGACGUCGGACUGCAGCCAGGCCGCGGUGGGGAUGGUGGAUCUGGCCUGGUGUUCAUUCCUGUUUGGCAGAUUGGGGCAAAAAUUGCAGAAAAACGGCAAAACCUAUAUAAACCAUGUUUUUACAGAGGAUGAUAUGUGUCCUGUUUGAAAUAGUUGUUCUGUUAUGGGUUUGUUCUGUUGCUGAUGAUGAGUGUUUUGUUUAGCUCCAUGUGGAUUCUCCUGCCCUGACGUUUCCUCAGCUGUUCUUUGGAAAUUAAUAAAUCCUGUUUUCUGUAGUAAAGCUGCCUUUAGCCAA